ACACCAUCGAAGAAGAAAAAAGCGGAAGUUGGCAAGGCUUCAAGACAAGAGAAGUUGUGAGACGGCGACUCGGUCAAAUCAAACGAGGAAAUGGCUUCGUGCGAGGAGAACGAGCGACAACAAGAACAACUGGAAGUUGCUGGCAAGAGUCACAUCGCGUUCUACAACCAAGACAUCCAGCAGCUGAUUGUCCAUCAUGAAGAAGUGGCCCCUCGCUCCAGUUUCGAGCAGGAGGAUCCUCGGCCGCUUUGCAUUAAGGAGGAUGAAGAUCCACUGCCGCUCACCUUUCAAGAGGAAGAAACCGAGGAACAGCAAACUCAUGUUGAAGGCAAAGCGGAGGAGUCGCCACCACUGCGUAUUAAAGACGAAGACAAGACGUAUGAUGUCAGCAAGUUGCCGUCGACCGUCAUCAAAGACGAACCACCCAAGCAGGCAAAGUGUCAUCAUCCUCGUCGAAAGGGAGAUUGCUGUGGAGGGCCGUCGCCGUACAAACUCUUAGCUCCGCUGUCGGACAGCGACGACAUGGAGAGUGACGCAAACUUCGAAGCUGACGACAAACAGUCCAACCAUCGAGCAGCUUCGCAAACACUUGGAAAACGUUUGACCUGCUCAGAAUGUGGCAAACCCUUCACAUCAACCCUGGGUAGCCACACAUCAUCGCACAUGAACGAAAAACAUCUCUGUUGCCCUUUGUGUGUGAAAACAUUCUCUUUUAAGACACAAGUGGCACAACACAUGAGAAUCCUCACUGGGCAAAAACCGUUCUGUUGCUCCGUUUGCAGUAAAACGUUCUCCAAUCAGUCCAAUAUGGUAAAACACAUCAGAACGCACACAGGAGAAAAACCCUACAGUUGCUCAGUGUGCGGUAAGAAAUUCUCCCAAACGUCGCACAUGGUCACACAUAUGAAAAUUCACACAGGAGAAAAGCCUUUUGGUUGCUCCAUUUGUGGUAAACGAUUCAUACUGAAGCGAACCAUGUUAUCACACACGAGGAUACACACGGGAGAAAAACCUUUUAGUUGUUCAGUUUGUGGUGAAGCGUUUUCUCAAAUGCGUCAACUGGGGCAACACAUGUCCGCGCACACAGGGGAACACCCCUUCACCUGUUCCGUUUGUGCAAAAACAUUCACUCAAAAGGCAAAUCUGGUAUCACACAUGCGAACACACACAGGAGAAAAACCUUUCUGUUGCCCAGUUUGUGGCAAAACAUUCUCCAAUAAGUCCAACAUGUCAAAACACAUGAGAACGCACACAGGAGAGAAACCCUUUUGUUGCUCAUUGUGCGAUAAAACAUUCUCUCAAACGUCACACAUGGCAACGCACAUGAAAAUGCACACAGGGGAAAAAGCUUUUUCUUGCUCACUUUGUGAGAAAAGAUUUACUCUGAAGCGUAGUAUGGUUGCGCACAUGAGAACGCACACAGGUGAAAAACCCUUUCGCUGCCUAAUUUGUGGAAAAGCAUUCUCUCAGAAGCGGCAACUGGUGCCGCACAUGAAAACACACACGGGAGAAAAACCCUUUUGUUGUUCAUUCUGUGAUAAAACAUUCUCUCAGAAGUCACACAUGGUGUCACAUGUGAAAAUACACACAGGAGAGAAACCUUACAGUUGCCCACUUUGUGGUCAAACAUUCAUUCAAAAACGUAGUUUGGUAUUACACACAAGAACGCACACUGGGGAAAAACCCUUUCGUUGCACCUUGUGCACAAAGACGUUCUCUCAUAAGUCCUGCGUGGCAUCACACAUGAGAAUACACACGGGAGAAAAACCCUUUCGUUGCUCAGUGUGUGACCAGUCCUUCAUUCAAAAACAUAGUCUGACAUCGCACAUGAGGACGCAUACAGGAGAAAAACCAUUCAAUUGCUCCGUUUGCGGUAAAGCAUUCUCUCAAAAGCCACACCUGGCAUCACACAUGAGAACGCACACAGGAGAAAAACCUUUUGGUUGCUCAGUUUGUGGUAAAACAUUCACCCACAAGUCCAACAUGGUCAAACACAUGAGAACACACACAAGAGAAAAAAGCUCGGUGAAAGUUGCGCUCACGGGGCCGAUUUGACUGUACGCAUACGGACAUGAAACAACUGCAAGUGAAUGUUCCUAAAAGUGUAUGCAAGAUUGCUACAACAUACAUUACAAUGUUAUAGUAUAUAUAACUAGCAAUAGCACUAGUUAUCUAGCAAUAGUGCUUUGGUGAUUUUCCAAGUGUGGUACGCAAGCUCCCUCUGGUGGUAGAUGACAGAAUCACUGAAUUCAAUACAAAUAAAAUAUAUUAAAAAUAUUAGAAUGUUAU